AUGGCACCCAAAACUUCUUCGACUUGGAUUCUGCCAUGCCAAAAUGGCAUCGAAAGUCUUCAAUUACUCGAAGAUACCCCUGUCCCUGAAAUUGGGGACCAUCAAGUAUUGGUCAAGGUCCAUGCCGCCUCUCUUAAUUAUCGCGACAUAGUAAUUGCCAAGGGUGAACCUCAACUCUCUCAUUUCCGACCCGGCGUCAUCCCCGGUUCUGAUGGCGCCGGAAUUGUUGAGGCCGUCGGUUCCAACGUCAGUGACUUCCGACUGGGUGAUCGGGUCUGUACGCAUCUCACAUCUGGUCUGCCGUCCGAUAAGGCGGCGUCGUGGAAUGAUGUCUGCGAAUUCGGACUGGGUCAUAAUUACAAUGGCACACUUAGUUCAUAUGCAGUUUUUCACGAAUCGUCUCUUGUUCAUAUGCCUGCGAACUUGGACUUUUUACAGGCGAGCACGUUGACUUGUUCGGGGUUGACUGCCUGGAACGCUCUUUUUGGACUUGAGGGAUUGAAGCCUAAGAAGGGAGAUUGGGUUCUUAUUCAGGGGACUGGAGGUGUUUCGAUUGCAGCAUUGCAGUUUGCCUUGGCUGCAGGGGCUACGAUCAUUGCAACAACAAGUUCCACCGUCAAAGCCGAGCGACUCAAAUCCCUCGGCGCUCAUCAUGUCCUCAAUUAUCGGGAGGAUCCUAAUUGGGGAGAAACAGCUAAAGGUUUCACUCCGAAUAGCCAGGGAGUAAACAUUGUGGUUGAUGUGGGUGGCUUAUCGACUCUCCCGCAAUCAGUUAAAGCCAUUCGCGCUGGCGGUCUCAUUGCUCUGGCUGGGUUACUUGGUGGUGCAUCCGAGAAUGCUUCCAUUCCUACGUUGAUGGAUUGUCUGGUCAAUACUUAUAUAGUUCGAGGACUCAUGCUUGGCACUCGUGAUCAGUAUCGCGAGAUGAAUCAGUUCAUUGAGGAGAACGACAUCAAGCCCAUUCUGGAUGAUCAGGUCUUUGAUUAUAGACAGGCCAAGGAGGCUUAUCAUUAUUUACAGCAACAGCGUCAUUUUUCAAAGGUUUGCAUUCGGUUUUAG